UGUGGAUGUGUCUUCAUCGCUAUUAUCGUCGCCAUGUUUGUGAGACGACAUGUUGUGAAGAAGGAGAUGACGAGAGGACCGAACAAGAUCUUACUCCAGCCCACAGAUCUGACCUUCCUCCUGAAGAAAGACAUAGGGAAAGGCUCACGGUCCGGGGUAAUUUUAGAUAAACCGGACAUACUUCGCGGAUCAGAGCCAAAUAAAUCCUUGCCGAGUUUGCACGACCUGAGCGACUAUACGGAGAUUGCCAGAUACAACGGAGAUCUGGUCCACGUCAAGGAACUGAAGAUCAAAGGAUUUGAGAUCAAGAGCAAAACCAUGACUCAGAUUAGAACGCUGAGAGAUCUGCGACACGAAAACAUCAAUCCGUACAUGGGUCUGUUAGUGGAUCCUGUACACUCGGCGAUCGUCUGCGAGUAUUGCAACAGAGGAAGUCUGGAGGACGUGAUAAACAACGAAGACAUUAAACUCGACUGGGAUUUCAAAUUCUCGCUCUUGUCAGAUCUCGUGAGGGGUUUGCGGUAUAUUCACCAAUCGACAAUCAAGUGCCACGGUAACCUCAAGUCCCGUAACUGCGUCAUUGACAGUAGGUGGCAGCUCCGUCUGACAGACUACGGACUUCCCUGUUUCCUGACGACAGCAAAACAAGUCCGAGAUCUUCAGACAAGAGAUUUACUAUGGACCGCCCCUGAACACCUACGAGAUCCAGUUCUACAAGCCAAGGGCAGCGAAAAGGGGGAUAUUUUUGCCCUGGGCAUCAUUUUACAAGAAACCGCUCAAAGAACCCCUCCAUACAGUUCCUCAGAUUUGUCCUAUGAUGAAAUACUGGCAAAAGUGAAGAAACCCCCUCCACUGAUCCGCCCAUCCGUCUCCCCACAGGCAGCACCCCCCAUUUACAUCCAAGUGAUGAAGCAAUGCUGGUCGGAGAUACCCGACAUGCGGCCCACUAUCGUGGAAGUGUAUGAGCAGUUUAAGAAACUUACUGGUGGCAAAAAAGCUAACAUAGUCGACACGAUGUUCCGGAUGUUGGAAAAGUACUCCAAUGACCUGGAAGACAUUGUUGCAGAUCGGACCAAUCAGCUGGAAGAAGAAAAAAAGAAGACCAAUCAACUGCUCUACAGAAUGCUUCCGCCGAUAGUGGCCGAUAAUCUCAAGACGGGACAGAGGGUGGAGGCGGAGAGCUUCAACGAGGUGACCAUCUACUUCAGCGACAUCGUCGGCUUCACCACCAUCUCCGCCAUGAGCACGCCCAUGCAGGUCGUCGACCUGCUCAAUGACCUCUACACCAUGUUCGACGCCACCAUUGACAUCUAUGAUGUAUACAAGGUGGAGACGAUCGGCGAUGCGUACAUGGUGAGUAGCGGCCUUCCGGUGAGAAACGGCAACCGGCACGCCGGAGAGGUGGGCACGAUGGCGCUAGAUCUUCUCAGUCAGUGCGGCAAGUUCACCAUCAGGCACAUGUCAGAAGUUCCGCUACGCGUGCGCAUUGGGCUGCACACUGGGUCGGCAGUGGCUGGGGUAGUGGGUCUCACGAUGCCGAGGUACUGUCUGUUUGGUGACACAGUCAACACAGCCUCUAGGAUGGAGUCUACUGGAUUGCCUUUUCGAAUUCACAUCAGCCAGCAGUGCAAGGACAUUCUGGACAUUCUAGGAGGGUAUCACGUGUUGUACCGGGGCCAAGUGGAAUUAAAGGGAAAGGGUCAUCAUUCCACUUACUGGCUGGUGGGUAAAGAAGGAUUUACAAAAGAACUUCCGGUUCCACCGGAACCAGUUGGAGACAAUCAUGGACUGGCCUACCUGAUGCCUAACGUAACCAAACCGUCGGCGAAUCCUCCAAGCAGUCCUGUUCCUGGGCGACUGCCCGACCAGGCAAACAGCUCGUCAAACCCUCUCGGCGCAACACCACAGCCUCAACAACAGCCAAACCCGGAACUAGAGUCUUCGAAGUCACCGCCACAGCGCCAGUCAAAACCAGAACCGACGGCAGCGAAAUCUACUGCAGUGUCGCUACAGCAACCAGCUGCAAAAUCCGAAUCCUUGUCCUCCAGGACGCCAGAUUCAAAACAAAGAGCGACAAAGUCUCCAGUUCCGGACGAGCAGCAUCAUUAUCGCCGAAACGCAGGAGGCGGAACGUCCCGACACAGUCUGGCUAACAAAAGCUUGAAAAAGAAAUCACCGGAAGGCUCCGAAGUCGGGUCGGAAUCCAGCAAGCACGGCGACACUGUUCAGGAGCUGGAGAUGAGCAGUAAGAACGGCACGUGCAGAAACAAUGAGAAGGACUCACAGGAGACCGUCAUAGACCACAAAGAAGACAAGAACCAGUCACAGGAGACCGUCAUAGACCGCAAAGAAGACAAGAAAGAGGCGCACGGAACUGUGGUCAUUUCGAAAGACGGAAGUUUGAGUUCCACAAACGAGCCAUCGAAUGGUGCUGCCGGAAGUGCGAAGUCACCAAGAACUAAACCGAGGAAUAAUCGCGACGGCCUUGAGACGGAUUUCAAUGUCAAUGACGAUGGGGUGCACAAAAGCGUAACCCAAAAGGACGGAGAGGAUAAGACGAAGGUUCAUGUGAAAAAUGCUCGCAAUAACGACACGAGGGUGAAGUCUUCGAACGGCGUUCAUUGUGAUAGUGUGAAUUCUGGUGAUAGACUCACCGACAACAAGCAUGCGUGUGAUGACAGCGAGAAGGAGAGGAAGGCAAAACACGAGGAAAACGAGAAAGAAAGAAAGAUGAAAUCUAGUGACAGCGAGAGUAACGAGAGGACCAAUGUCAGUGUUGUGUCAGCGUCUGAUGUCGUCAUAACCGGUGAUGACGUCAUCUGUGACCAGGAGACCUUUCAGAAGGAUGCGUUGACCCCAGUCGAGGAGACUUGACCCCUGUUUGUAGUCUCGAUCACUCGCACACUCGUCUUGAAACAAGAGUCUGGGAAUUCUCUCUUCUAAAACAGAAAAACCCUAUGUAAUCACACAAAAAAGGCCAGGUGUGAAUCCGAUCAGCUAAACAAAUAGACUGGUUACGGAACCCAUUAAGUAGAAUUAUCAUUCAGUCCUUGUAUCUUUUUGCUCUGGAUCCCAUUGCCUGU